GAACAUAUUUUGAAUUUGGCGCCGUGCAAGGAAAGUGACGUUUGCGCUGUUCUGACUUUUGACGCAACUUCCGUUUAAUAUUUCUUUUUCUCUUUUUAAGUUGACAUUUCUAGCAAAAUAAUAGAAAAUGGUUAACGUACCAAAACAACGUCGUACAUUUUGCAAAAAAUGUAAAGUCCACAAGACCCAUAAAGUAACCCAAUACAAAAAAUCGAAGGAACGUCAUGCUUCCCAAGGUAGAAGACGUUAUGACAGGAAACAACAAGGUUUUGGUGGUCAAACGAAACCUAUUUUCCGUAAAAAGGCUAAGACUACCAAAAAGAUUGUAUUGAGGAUGGAAUGUACUGAUUGCAAGUUCAGGAAACAAAUUCCCCUUAAAAGAUGCAAACAUUUUGAGCUAGGAGGUGACAAGAAACGUAAGGGACAGAUGAUUCAGUUCUAA